CCCGCCCACACGCCCAGCCCCAUUCACGUUCAGAUGCGGCAUAGCCGCCGCCCCCGCAAUUGUGAAAGGCAGACCCUGAAUGCAAAUCGGGAGCCUCAAGCCGACGCCCAGGCCUUCGUUUACGGCGCCGGUACUCGUCCACGCCACGACCAUCAAUCUCCUGGACCUCCAGCCUCACAGCUCACAACCCGCCCAGCAUGGACGCAGCCCCAUCGCCCGACGUGCCACCCUACGGAGGCUUCUCGCGCUUUGAAUUGGAACUCGAGUUCGUGCAGUGUCUUGCGAAUCCCGCCUAUCUCAAUUACCUGGCCGUGCACAAGGUGUUUGACAAACCCGAGUUCGUAGCAUACCUCGGCUACCUGCAGUACUUCAAGCAGCCGAAAUACGCAAAAUAUCUCCACCAUCCUGGGCCGACGCUCCGAGCGCUAGAGCUGCUCCAGCAGGAGCGUUUCCGCCGCGAGAUAUUGAGCCCCAACCUCAUGAAUUACAUGACGAUCGAGGGUCUCAAGAAUGCAGUGCCCGAUAAAAGGGAUUGAUAGCGAAAGCCGUUCCCAGCACUACGUGGCACCG